AUGACUACUAAUCUCGCUUUAAGCAUCAUCACUCUAAUCACGUUUUGGAUAAGUUUAACCCCGAUUUUAAUCAAAUCAGAAGAGGGCAUUGAUGUCUUUUUGCCCGUAUCACUCAACCUCACCGUCUCAACCGAUCCCUCCUCCAUCUCCGCCGCUUCUCACGACUACGGCAACAUAACCGACGAAAAUCCCGGCGCCGUCCUCUGCCCUUCCUCAGCCGCACAGGUGGCCCGUCUCCUCCGCUUUGCGAGCGGAGGAUUUUCUUACCACGGGGACUCAAACAGCCCCUCACCGGGUUUCAAAGUGGCCGCUCGCGGCCAAGGUCACUCCCUCCGUGGCCAAGCCUCUGCACCCGGGGGCAUCGUCGUGAACAUGACGUGUCUCGCCAAGGCCGCUAAACCAGCGGCAGUGGUUGUCUCGGCCGACGGGACUUACGCUGACGUGGCUGCAGGGACGAUGUGGGUGGAGGUUCUCGAGGCGGUGGUGGAGAGAGGCGUCUCCCCGGUUACUUGGACGGAUUAUUUGUAUCUUAGUGUCGGCGGUACGUUGUCGAACGCUGGAAUCGGCGGUCAGACGUUUAGACACGGCCCUCAGAUUAGUAACGUCCAUGAGCUCGACGUUAUUACCGGAAAAGGUGAAAUGAUGACUUGCUCUCCAAAUUUAAACCCGGAAUUGUUCUAUGGAGUUUUAGGAGGUUUGGGUCAAUUUGGUAUCAUAACGAGAGCCAGAAUUGCGUUGGAUCGUGCACCAACAAGGGUAAAAUGGUUUCGCAUACUCUACAGUGACUUCUCGGCUUUUACAAGAGACCAAGAGCGUUUAGUAUCAAUGGCAAAUGAUCUUGGAGUUGACUUCUUAGAAGGUCAACUGAUGAUGUCAAAUGGCUUCGUAGACACAUCUUUUUUCCCAAUCUCCGAUCAAAUAAGAGUCGCAUCUCUAGUAAAUGACCACCGUAUCAUCUAUGUUCUAGAAGUAGCCAAGUACUAUGAUACUACCGCCCUACCCAUCAUUGACAAGGUGAUCGACAUAUUAAGUAGAACCCUAGGUUUUAUUCCCGGGUUCAUGUUCAUCCAAGAGGUUCCUUAUUUUGAUUUUUUGAACCGUGUCCGAAUCGAAGAAGAGAAGCUUAGAUCUUUAGGACUAUGGGAAGUUCCUCAUCCAUGGCUCAACAUGUUUGUCCCGAGAUCUCAAAUACUAGACUUUCAUAACGGUGUCAUCAAAAACAUUCUUCUCAACCAAACUUCAACUUCUGGUGUUACUCUUUUCUAUCCUACAAACCGACACAAAUGGAACAAUCGCAUGUCAACGAUGAUACCAGAGGGAGAUGUUUUCUACGUGAUCGGAUUUCUCCAAUCAGCUGGUGGAUCACAUAAUUGGCAAGAACUCGAAAAAGUUAACGACAAGAUAAUCCAGUAUUGCGAUAACUCGGGGAUUAAGAUUAAAGAAUAUUUGAUGCAUUACACAAGAAAGGAAGACUGGGUUAAGCAUUUUGGACCAAAAUGGGAUGAUUUCUUGAGGAAGAAAAUUAUGUUUGACCCCAAAAAACUAUUAUCUCCGGGACAAGACAUCUUUAAUUAA